CGAAGGAAGUAUAAAAAUAACAGCAAGACACACACUACUAUCAACCGGGUACGACCUGCAAAAUCACUUCCACCAGUACGUAUUAUAGGCGCUAAUGCGCUAUUGCCGUCUGCACUGAUCGAGGCAGUAUUAAAUUCUGGCCGGCACUACGUUGCGUCACCAAUAUCACUUCCACCAUUUCAACCUCUUUAUCCAUCCAUGUCUCUCCUCACGCAUCCACUUACGACCGUGUCAAAAUCUCAUGCCGUCGGCUCCUAAAGCUUCAGUUUUCUCUCUUUCUUUUUUAUUUUUAUUUUAUAUAUAUAUAUAUAACGGUACUGCGCUAGAAGAUUCAAAUAGAGAAGAGUGUAAGAUUUUUAAGAACAACUCCUUUAUUGGGACGCUUUUAUCUCAAUGGAGAAACCAUCAAAGCUGAGAAGCAAGUUGUUAAGGUUUCUAAUACCACAUGCCGCAUCAGCAGUAACAUUCCAAAGUCCACCUCUUAGCCCUGGAGAAGCGGUUGCUGCGCCGAGAGGAUCCUCCAGUCCAUCCAUAUCAAUAAUCCCUCCGGAGGUUCGAAGAAAGAAGAAGACGGCAAGUUUUGACGCACGGGAGCCCACCUCGCCAAAAGUCUCGUGCAUGGGCCAUGUCAAGAGCACGAAGAAGAUCAAAAGAAAGCCUAAGCGGGUUUCAGUUUCACUCCCACCAAAACCACACGCAACCGUGCGAGUUUCUUUUCCCAAAGAGGUUGAGGAAAAGAAGGAAAAAGAGAUUGUUAAGAUUGGUUUUAAAGGACCAAAACAAGGUCAUGGGAUGCCUGAUGUUUUUUUCUAUCAUGAGAAGAAGAAGCAAACAGUUCCGGAACCAGUGCCUUCUUUGGGUCAGAUAAAGCAGUUUUCAAGUGCACGCGCCGGGGCCUUGUCCGACUUUGAUUGGAGGACUUCUGGUGCAGUGGCAGUGCCCGAUUGCCAAGAUGGCUAUACCUCAGGUCCGAAAUGAGAACCCAAUUUAUCAUACUCAUUUUAUAUCGGUUGAUGUAUCAUUUUUUAAGUAGUCUUUAUGUCAGACACUUGAAAUAUAUCACGUUAAUUGGUGUAAAAUGUGUAAUAAUUGAAUGUGAAAAAUAGUAUUACUUCCUAAUGAAAGAUAGGAAGCGCAGAGAAGAUGAGAAUGUGAAUGUACAAUAUUUUCACCGAGUGGGUGAUUGUAGUUUUGGAGCUAUAAUUUUAUUACUGCAAAUUCUUUACAAA